AUGCCUCCCUACAACUGGAAGACCGAGCUCUGCAAGCUGUCUCCGAAGAUCUCAAAGGCCCUUUGUCCCCGCCAAAGUACCGGGGGUACGAACUCUGUGAACACGCCUAUUGGCACUGCGCAGGGAACUUCGGACAACGCGGGUGCAACACGGUUCGCUGUUAAAUACGCGUCUGCCUCGCGUUGGCAGCCUUCCACGGUGUCUACUACAUGGGAGCUCCCAAACGGCUCUUCCGAUGUCACGGCGCUACCUGUGCCGUGCGUGCAGAGCGAUGACAACGGUAACACGAUCGGCACUGAGGACUGCUUGUCUAUGAUCCUCUACGUCCCGGCUUCGCUACCCGCGAACGCGCCGACGUUCACGUGGAUCCAUGGGGGCUCGUUCGUCUCAGGCUCGGCAACUGGCCCUGGUUUAGAUGGUUCGAAGCUUGCUGCUGCCACCCAAUCCAUCGUCGCAGUCAUCCAGUACCGUCUCGGUGCUCUCGGGUUCCUGCAGCCGAACGGCGGAUACAACCUCGCGGUGAAGGACGUCAUGAACGCUCUUGCAUUCUUGCAGGUAGUAGUCCCAAGCUUCGGCGGCUCCUCGUCGAAGAUCACUAUCGCGGGGCAGAGUGCCGGUGCCAACAUGGUCAGGGCGCUCCUUGCUGUGCCGUCGGCGUCCAUGCUAUUCCAAUCAGCGGCUCUGCACUCCGAUCCCAUGGACUUUGGCUUCCUUUCUCCCAAUGUUCACCAAGAAGUACUCGGUAACUUCACGCAGAGUCUCAACUGCAGUACCACCGAUACAUCUUGUCUGAACUCGCUGUCUUUGGACGCCAUUAUGUCCGCUCAGAAUGACCUACUUGACGCCGCGGCGAACAACGAGCUUGAUCCUGCCGCUGGUGCAUCGGAACCGAUUCGGCCCGUCCGCGACGGUCAACUGAUCACGAAUCCGCUCGACCUGACCGCCAGCUUCCCUCAGCAGUCGAAGCCGAUCAUCGUCUCCACCGUUCGCAAUGAGGCAGGGCCGACCAUCUACGGCGGCUUCCCCGACUCCGUCGACACCUCGCUGUACGAGCAACUUGUGCAAUUCACAUUCGGUAGCCCGCGGACAUCGCGCAUCCUCAAUACUGCCGUUUACGCCGUUUCUCCGGCCGUCAAUGGCGUUGACCCCGACCAGCGCCCGCAGCUCGAGGAGCUCGGUACUGACCAGAUAUGGCGCUGCGCAACUUGGACGUUCGCGCGUAAUUGGGUCGGCGCCGGCGGGAAGGCAUAUGUCGGGGAGUAUCUGGUCGGCGCGACUUACCCCGGUAACGACGAGGUUCCCUUCUGCACCGCCGGCGGCUCUGUCUGCCACCAGGAUGAUAUCGAGAUUCUAUUUGGGACUGUCCAAAACCCGACGUCCGCACAAUCUGCACUCGUUACCGAGAUACAGGCGCGCUACAACAGCUUCCUUCACACCGGGUCCCCCAAUGCCAACGGCUUUGCGACCUGGAGCGUUGCCGGUACCGACAACGUCAAUGCCAUCAACCUAGGCGCGUCGGGCCUGGCGACUGUCGGCGCGUGCAACACCAGCUACUGGGGCAACUUCGUCCAGUAUGACUACCAGGUCUUCAACCUCUGA